AUGGCGUCUAGGGUUCGACAAACAUUAUCGGACAAUGAAUUAGUGGACAUCUUCAUGGGUACGCUGCAAGGGCUGUAUUUUGAAAAGAUGAUUGGCAGCUCAUCGACAAAUUUUGCUGACAUGGUAACCAUUGGGGGACGUGUUAAGAGUGGGCUGAAAUCAGGGAAAAUCAUAGACACGACCGCCCAGCAGACAACCAACAAGAGACCGCAUGGGGGCUUUGCUAAAAAGAAUGACGGGGAAGCAAACGCUGUAACGGCGAGGGCUCGUCCCCGAUAUCAAUUUCCGAUGGCCCCUAUGCCAUAUUAUCCGUAUCCAUACGUCGCUGCAGCUCAAUACCAGCAACCGCCGUUCCAGUAUCAACCGCAGAAGGGCAAUCAACAAUCAACGCCCGCUCAGAAAAAUCAAACCCGACAAUAUAAUAGUGACAAUAGAGGACAAAAUCGAGGUCAGAAUAAUAGAGGCAACUUUGGUAAUCGUCCCCAGUUUGAUAAGCUCCUGGUGCCAUACGCAGAGUUAGUGUCGUAUCUGAUCCAUGUAUGGGCCAUUGUACCAAGAAAACUGCCAGCAGCUUCUCCUCCCUUCGAUCGUCGUCACAAUCCUAAUGCCACAUGCGCUUUCCACGCAGGGUAUAUAGGACAUUCCAUCGAGGACUGUCGGGUCCUCAAACAGAGGAUCCAAGAGUUAAUUGACCAAGAGAUCCUGACUUUCUCCGAAGAAAAACCAAAUGUAAAGAUAAAUCAUUUGCUGAAUCAUAGCGGUGUGGCGGUCUAUGCCAUGAUUAAAGAGGAAAACACCAAAAUCCUACUGAGGGUUGAAGAGGUGAAGACUCCGAUGUCUAUUGUAUUAAAAAAGCUCGAACAGUUUGGGUUUCUAGAGGGGGCGCAUGAUGAUUGCUCAGUGUGUGAGUCUGAUCUGAAUGAUUGCGAGCAGUUGAAAGGGUGUGUGCAAGAACUGAUGGAUCAAGGGUUAAUACAAUUCUCCAAAUCUCAAGCAGAAGAAGAGGUGGCAAUAGUCGAACCAAUAACAAUAGUAUACAGGAAAAAGAAGGUUGAAGCUCCUCCCAGGAGGAUUCAGCUGAUUCAUUUCCGUGUUCCAACUCCAUUUCCGUAUCAGAAUACUAAGGCAGUGCCUUAG